CCGCCUAACCUGCACAAUCCACGCCGCGUUGAACCGGCCCUGCUCUUUGCGCCGCGGUGGCCUCACGACGUGGUGUUCAGGUGCGCACCGAAAGAUAAUGUCCUCGCACUCGCACACUUUCCGGUUUUCACGUAGUUCGUAAAUUAUGCAAGGCAAUGCGACCUCUUGGAUAUGACUCUGAUCAGUAGCUGGAGUGCUACUGGCUUCGCGCAAAGGGGGGCCUGUUUACGCGUUGCGCCGGCCUCGGCACAGGACAUGCUAUUGAGACGCGAAACAUAGUGCUAAUGCGAGAUCGGCUUCUAUAUUCUUGCCUUUACUUUAAACUAACAAUGUGCAUCGAUGAAGUAUGAGUAUCAUUUUUAAGCAGAUGGACCGCAGAGGCAUACUAAUGCAUUAACCGAUGCAUGAACAGCAUCUUUAACAGUGCCAGAAGUCCCGCCUUUGAACUAAGGUUCGCAUGGGUUUUGGUGGCGGACGGGGCGACUGUUGGGGGGACUGUCUGACAGACACGAGGUGAAACCGCGCAAAGUAUUAGAAGGCCCCGCCACUCUUGAUAUGCAGAGCGCUAAAUAGCUUAGUAUUACUCCCAUAAGAAGCUCAUAUACUUUUGGUUAUCUUUCCAUUUCUGUGUUAUGGGUCUCCUCGACUCCUGAAGAGUUCUCGAGUGGCCUCCCUUAUUGCUGACCUGGAUUCCGGAGACAAUAUCUGGGCGACUGGGCCUGUGGGCUCUCGGCGGCCUGCUCGAGCCCUAGGCGAGCGGCGCCCGGCCCGCUGGCCCUACUCGUAGGCUGAACUAAGGGAUGGACCUUUUCGGCUUGGGCGCUGUUGGAGCAACUCAUCGGUGGGCGCUGCCUGCUUUCCUGGACGCGGAAGGCCGGACAACACGUCGGGCUGCUGAAGCAAGCAACAGCACCAGAAGCCUCACUGCGGACAGCGCCGGGCGGCCACUGGCCACUCGCGGUCUCAGUUCAUGCGGACUCGAGCUAAUGGACGCCGCAGGUCGGGCUGGCCAGCCACAGCCCACUGACGUUGAAGUCGACGGCAGGUGGACGGUAUCCGAUCCCAACAUAUGUAUGCUCGGAGAUGAAGUGGUUGGCGCCGGUUGGGCCGAGUCGCGAAGCUUCAACCCGGCCACGUGCGCAACGGGCUGCUCGACCCCGCACCUGAGUCAGCCUGGCCCAACCGGCGAGGAACUGCGAUCAGCUGUCCAAGAAGCUCUCAUGCUGGUAGAGGGGCUCCGGCAGCAACAGCAGCGCCUGCUGCGGCGACUCGACGAGUCUGGGGUUCCAGGAGCGCCCCACGAGCCCGCCGCAGUAGCCAGCCAUGCGAACGCCGCUGCCGGCGUCCCGACGGCCCAGUACGGGUCACACUCGGCGGACGUAACUGCACGCGUCGCCAAGCAGCAGCAGGAGCAGCAGCAGCAGCAUAGCUUGCAUUCGUCACCCCACCCGCACCAGCACCAGCACCUGCGCAUCAACACCACGCGCUGCUCGCCCCAACCGUACCACCAGCACCCGCACGCACACCCGCAGCGGGCGUCCACGCCCCGGAGCGGCAGUGCCGGCCGCUCCAGCCUGCACCUCCACCGCUCCCUGCAUCGACCACAUCAGCAACAGCAUCUGCAACUCCGGGGCUCAUAUUCUGGUCGCUUCCGCGUGGGGUUCGGUUGCCCCAGCCCCUCGCCUCCGGCUGGCCGCAUUUUUCGCGCCGCCAAUGGCGCCGCCGGCUCACCGGUCGCACCGCUUGCAGGCGGUAGCCAUGCCAUACCGGAGGACGCCGCCGCCUGCAUGGGCGCCGUGGUGGAGGUGUCGGCGGCGUGCAGCGCCGGCGCCGCCGCAGCUGGCGGCGCUGCCGGCGUCAGCACCGGCGGCGGGCUGGGCUCGCGGCGGCGCUCGCGGCUGUCGCUGUCGCCGUUUGGCAUUGAGCUGGCGGAGGAGGAGGAGUCGCGGCGCGAGCAGCAGCUCUACGCCGUGUGCUCCGCCUUCGCCACGCUGGCCGCGGCGGCGGCUGUGGACGAGCCGGAGGAUGUGAUGCCUGCCAGUGCCUCGGUGCUUCGCGGCUUCUCGUCAGCCGCCACCGCUUCAGGGGCCUCUGACCGCUUUUCGCCUGCAGGCGCCGGCAUGGGGCCGCGCUGCGCCUCUGUGGCCGACGUGGCGCCCAUCAUCGCCGCCUACAGCUGCGCAACGCCGGUGCGGCUGCGCGCCGCGGCCGGCAUCUUCACGCCCGUCGGCGGCAGGGGCACCUACAGCGGCGCAGAUGAGCGCGGUGUGGCGCUGUGUGGCUCAGACGACGGCCAAGAGGCGGAGGAGGAGCAGUACGGCUGGCUGUACAGCAGUGAUGACGAGGAGGAUGUGGACCGCGCCGCGCGGGCGUCGGUGGCGGAGGCAGUGGCGCCGCUGCCGGCGGCGGGUGGCGGCGCAGGCGGAGGCGGCACGUCGCAGCAGCCGAGCCGCUUCUCCUGGGUAAAGCUCUUCACGGCGCCGCUGCGCGCGUUCCCUGGCGUGUCGGGUUUGGACGAGGAUGCCGAGCACGCUUCCUUCGGGGCCGGCGCGCACGCGGGGAAGGCCGCGGGAGCAGUGGAGGAUGGGGCCGGCGGGCGGCCGGCGUGCGACACGCCGCCGCCGUCGCAGCCGCCGCCGGCGCGCACGGCCAGCGUGAAUGCGGAUGAUGCAGCCGGUGUGAGCGGCCGCGGGGUCGUGGGCGGUAGCAGCGCCAGCGCGACCGGCAGCGGGGCCCAAAGCGAAGCCUCGUCCAGUUGGGCCAGUCCGCAGCCCACCCGCAGCAACAGCCGCGGCUGCGUUCCCAGCAACGGCAGCGGCUGCCUCGGCCAGCGACAGGCCGGUGCGGGUGAGGCCGCGGCCGCCGCAAGCGGAGGAAGCUCGGCAGCGACUGGGCGGCGCGAGGCUUCAGCGCACGGGGGCGCGAGCGGACCGGCAGGCAAUGACACGUGCGCCCUUACCAGCUGCGGCAGCGAUGCCUCCGGCAGGCCGGCUCCCAGACUGUCACUUCUUCUGGACGGCGGGAGCCGUGCGGCCUCACGGCGCAAGCUGCAAGUGGGCGUUGCCGGGGGCGACGUGCCCGCGGGUGGUGGUGUGCCGGCCGCCCCGGCUGUCCCUAACCGCUACAGCUGGCGCCGCCUGACGAGCCGCUAGCGGGUUGCGCAGAGGGUCCUGCUGCAACAACCCAACAGCACGCCGAGGAUUAUUCCGCGGCUGAAAGGCUUGGUCGGAGCCGGCUGUUGCAGGACCAAGAGAAGAGAGAGAUGAGAGCGUUGACGCGCAUGUGGUCCUUCCUGCACGCCGCAAAUGCUCGCGGGGCAGGGCGGCAACCGACGCACAGAGCAUCGUGCAUCGCACCACCACCACCACCGCAACACCAGGGGACACUGGUCCUUGCAGUGGAAGAGGGGAGCGCCGUAAGAGGCGCGCUCAAUGCCGGGGCUUUGCCCUGGUCUCGCGCAUUCAUUCCUUUAUUCUUGGCUUGAGGUCUGUAGAAUUCGUUCCUGGCAUCGCAUGGCACCGCAGGGGGCCAUGCGCUAUUCCGGCUGCUCCGUACUCCGUGUCACUGAUCGUGAACUGCGGAUUUGGUGCAUCUAUGGCUGCGACAACGGCCUCCAUCACUCCGUGGGCCUGGGAAAGGGACGUCUGGCUGUUAAGACUGGUUUAGAGAAUGAGCAUUCUACCCCUGAUGAGCUUCAGGCAACACUGUGCUUGGUCCGACGCCGCCGGUGGGACCGCGUGACACCAGCGUUGGCGGCCUGGCAGGCGGCGGACUAGGCGCACGGCAUUGCAGAGUGGUGUGUGUGCAAGGCUGCAUCACAUUGGCCCGACUAGGGGCUUGGGGGCCUUGGGACUGCAGGGUGCACUACGGCUCUUGGCGGCGGUGGAGUAGCCAGGUUGGAUACUGAGUACUGCUCGGCAGGCGUGGGGAAGCCGUGAAAGAAUUGGAAGACAGGCGCACGCGCUGAUGCGCAAGAAGAUAUUUCGGAUCUGUCACAUUGCGCGUCGAGCUGUCAUUCCGUGUGACUGACUGAGCAUGGGUCGUCAUGACAAACUGACAACGGUCAGAACUGGAGGGAACUGAGCUGUGCGUCAUGCAGUACGUGGGGAUUCUGGCUUUUGCCUAGUAUGAAGGCGCGAGAAAGAGAAAGGCAGCUGGGGUUUGGGAGCCGUGCAUCUAGCCGGCUGAAGAAGGUGGUUUGGUCCGGGACAUCGGGUAGACAGGCGUGAUUGUUGUGCGCAUAAGAACUGGCGAGCCCAACAUGACUGGAUGAGGCAUGGCGUAAGCAACCAUGGCUUCUCGUGAACGAGACGUGUGAACCAGAGUACUGAUUCCUUUCGUGGCGCUUACAAUGCGUGGUUAUCAACGUCUAUGCUCUCUUUAUUCUCUUUUCCGGCCCUGGCGCAAGCCGGGGAGCGUGAAGGCGGUCCCUGUCGCUGUGGAAUUGCAACUUGACUAGGUAGGGAUCUUAACACAAUAUUGCUCCGACGCUUACCUGACGAAAGCCUCACACUGCUAACUGGUCUUGCGUGUGCUCUUGUGUGGCAACAAGGGCGGGCGGUUUCGGGAUCUGUGUUGCACGACACAGCGCAUAUGAAGUUGUCUGGGGUAAAGAUAGGAGGCCGGGCAUGCGUGUGUGUUUAUUGGGCUGGGGUGGGUGGGGGGCAAGAGUUUUGCUUGCUGUAUACGGGACGUGUAAACCAUUGUGUGGCGGUGGCUUGGGCAUGCACGUUAAAUUGCGGGGCCGGUGGGCAGCGCAUGCGGCGCUUGAACAAGGAGGAGGCUGGUGGGCAGGCGGGUAGCAACUAAAAGCAGGGGCGGACGGCAGGGUCCGCGCUGGGGCCCAGUAGGCUGCGGCCAUUUGCAUGUGUGGGGGUUUUGGGUUGGAGGCGCUUGCUUGUGACUUGCCCUGAUUGCAAUGUUGCUGGACCCUGGCCAUUUGCUGAGGCUGGUGGGUGCCUAGGCCAGCGGUGUGCUGCGCGGUGGUGGUAUGCGGCGCUGGUGCGGGCAGAGGUGCCUUCGCGGGUGACAAUCGGGGAGAGUUGGGCAGAUGGUAAGUGCCAAAAGCUGCAGCGGCGGGGCGUCGUGGAGGGGUACGGUAUGCAAGCCAAGGGAUGAUGUGUGGCUUGGGAUGGCUGUCAUUUCCAACUAGCACAGGCUCAUGAAGGUCAUAAUAUGCUUCAUGCAAAGCAGCUUGACACUCUUCGUUAUCCGGUGUCGCCUCUGCAUCCUAUUGUUCGCUGUGAUGUGACGCCGCAUUGGUGUGAGCCACGGACGGCCGAACUUGGGGGGCCCUGCGGAGACAUAAGCUGGCCUGCGCUGGAUUAGCCUGUGCGGUAUGCUGUGUAAGCCUUACUGAUG